CGACUAUCUCAACACUCUCUUUCAUACUCGAUCCGACCUGCAAUUUCUGUGUUCCUGACGCCGAACCUGACGAGCUUGAAAAUAGCAGUCAUGUCAUCUGCAACGAAAGCAUCUAGGAUUGGGGAAGAAACUAGAGUCGACAAAGUGAACGCCGAGUUGGUGACAUUAACAUACGGCACCAUUGUCGCGCAGCUUUGCCAGGACUACGACGGGAACUAUCAAGAAGUGAAUAAACAACUGGAGAAGAUGGGUUACAACAUCGGAAUGCGACUGAUUGAGGACUUUCUGGCCAAGUCCAACGUGGGGCGAUGUGCGAAUUUUCGGGAAACGGCGGAUAUGAUUUCAAAGGUUGGAUUCAGAAUCUUCCUCAACAUCACCCCCACCGUAACCAAUUGGACGAGCGAUAAUAACCAAUUCUCCCUGAUAUUUGACGAAAACCCUUUGGCGGACUUCGUUGAGCUGCCGGAUGACGGACGGGCACAAGAUGAGCUGUGGUUCUCCAAUAUCCUCUGCGGAGUUCUGCGGGGCGCACUGGAAAUGGUGCAAAUGCAGAUUGAGGCGCAUUUUGUGAGCGAUGUGUUGCGAGGCGAUGAUACGACGGAGAUGCGGGUGUCACUUGUGAGAUACAUUGAGGAUGAAAUGCCACCCGAUGAGGAGUAGGGCUGGACCGGGCUGAUUACAUGCAAGUCGAGGCGUCUGGUGUUUUGAGGGGUUUAUCCGCUGAUCUGGAGCUGCAGUUACCGAUGGAUGCCACCUUUGUUUAUGAUUAACGAUCAAUGUUGAAUGCCUUGCACCUGUUCAUUGAUCUAUGUUCUUUGCACUAACCGAAUCAUGUUGCAGUAGAAGAUCGUUGCAGGAUCAACAAUAAAAGACACAAUGCUAUUGUCGCAAGCUCCUCACACUUGGACAAUAUAAGAAUUUGCGUAAGCAGCACCGAUAAAUACACAGGAAAGAUUAGGCCGAGAACAUGACCUGUCAAUGCAGUUCAUCACAAUGAAUCAUUAAAGGUUGAAUGUCCCGCAUGGCGAUCUACACGGGUGCUAGGAUGACAGGCGCAUUGAUACACCACGGAGGCGGUAGAAGCUUGCAAUUCCGG